AAGGAACGCAUUCUUGAUUCUCGAAGAGUCGACAACAACGCAAGUCCGUCGCGUUUCACCCCGCUUGCAGAAGGCGAAUAGUUGUUUCGAACGGCGACCAAUAGGCUAUCUUCAGAACCACAAGUAGAACAUUCGAUAAGGAUACCUUGUGGUUACAGAUGCGUUCAUUUACGUCGAUAAGACGUUUGCUUCCUAAGUCCCAUGGAUGAUUCAGCAAAAUCCUCAGGCCGCAGGCUGCGGUGGUCCGGUCCUAUAAAAUCACCUCAAACUUUCUCAAGCCCCGCGUUCAGCUACGAAAGCAUCCUCUUUCGCACUCGACUUGACCUCGUCCUUUGCGUCUUGUCUUGCGGUUGUCUUGUUUUCUCUUCGUUCCUCACGAGAAUUCGGACAUUGAGUGGAUGUCUUCAUUCCGUAGCCCCAGCUGUUGCCCAGGAAGUGCUCCUUUAUCUCCUGCUCCCACACUCGUAGAGCCACGUCUGCCCCCAUGUCCACCUCGCUACUCCGCCGCGAGGAAAUACGUUCUUCUCUUCAUUUUCUGCCUAGCCCAGUUCCUCGACGCGUUCAACAACUCAGCUCUGUUUUCCGCCAUUCCAUCGCUCAUAGAGGACUUGAGCAUGACCGAAAGCGAGUCUACUUGGAUUAUCAGUGCCUUCCAGCUCACGUUUGCGUCUUUUUUGCUCAUUAGCGGAAAGAUAUCAGACAUCUACAACCCAAAGCAUGCUUUCAUCGCUGGUGCUGCAAUUUUGGGUAUCUUCUCAAUUGGAGCAGGUUUUGUCAGGGACAAAAUUACACUCAUUGUCUUGCGAGCGUUGAGUGGAAUUGCUGCAUCGUUGACUAUACCUUCUGCUCUGACGCUACUUGUGAAUCUGUUCCCGGAUGAACACGAACAAGCCCGUGCAAUCGGCGUGUUUGGUGGGUGUGGUGCAAUUGGCAAUGUACUGGGUUUAAUUAUUGGGGCUAUCUUCGUGCAAUUUGCAAACUGGUCAUGGGUAUUCUGGUUUGUUGCCUUGAUUGCCAUACCGAUUUCGGGACUGUGCACCAUUCUUAUUCCUCCUCAACUGAAAACCGACGACGAGGACAAGCCGGCCGGCGCGAAGUGGAAGAGCCUGGACCUAGUCGGCAUAUUCAUUCUUACAGUCGCUCUUAUCUUGUUCAUCUUUGCCAUGACAUCUGGCUCAUCUUCUGGUUGGGCAUCUGCGCGAGUUCUCGCACCGCUAGUUAUCUCCGUCUUCAUGAUCAUCGGUUUCUUCUACUAUGAAACGAAGCUUCCAAUCGAAAUCGCCGCCGUACCGCCUCGGACUUGGUUCUUGCCGAACUUUGCAGUCCUUUUCGGCAUCGCGCUUCUCCCAUAUUUCUGGUGGACAACGAUCUUCACGAUUUUCACGACCUUGUGGCAGCAAGUCUAUCAUUGGUCAGCUAUUACAACUGCUUUACGUAUGUUGCCUCUUGGAGUGCUGGCGUUUGCCACGAGUUUUACUGGUGGUCUCUCUCGUAUCAUUAGCCCCAAGUGGAUCCUCCUGUUCGCCCAGAGUAUCCUCAUUGUCGCAACUAUCUUGCUUCAUUUCGCGGAUGGUCCCGACAAAUACUUCCCUUUCGUUGUUCCAGCAUUCAUCCUCGGCACGGUUGGUGCUAUGUUGACGUACACACACACGAAUAUCGCUAUCUUUCGGACAUCUCCUUCGUCUAUGGCAGGUACCGUCGGCGCGAUCUUCAAUGGUGCACUGCAACUUGGAUCUGCCGUCGGCAUCUCUGCUGUUAGCUCCAUUGAGACCAGUGUCGAGAAGACUUCUGGUGGCCCGACGUCCUAUGCCGGACGUGCGGCUGCUUUCUGGUUCGUCCUUGGGGUUGUUUGCCUUGAGGCGGUUUCCCUCGCAGUGUUCUAUCGUGUCGAAGCCGAACACAAGGCAACGGACAAUACCCCCGAGAGCAAUCCGGAGAAGUUGGACAAGUUUGCUACACAGAAAACGUCCACCGAAGAAGAGCCCGUUUAGAGCUCUCGACUCUGGAUCCUAAACCUGACCAACGCGCCACAAUCACGACGUACAGUAAAUGACAACCGAACUUCCCACACGAAUUGGCCAUGAUUUUUUCAUUCACCCUCUCUUUCGAUUGUUUUGUACAUCACGGAUCUUCUCAUUCGUAUAGAUCAUAGAUACUUCAUAUCUCGGUUUUCUUCUCGCAAUUGUAUCUGUAGACACUUCAAUUCGCACCCUAGACAGUUUCCAGUUACCUCCAAUAUUUAAUCCUCAAUCGUCUAUAGAUGCGGUCCUACUCCAUAGAUUUUAAAUAGACUACUUAUCACACG